AUGAACAUCACAUCAUCAUCCGAGUACCCGGCAUUCCCCAUGUCUUCUUCAGACUUUUCCUCAAUGGCAACCGGCAACACUCCGUACGACAUCAUUUCCGCGCACUUCGCUUCUCGCCUGACCUCCAACGAGAACGGCUACUGCACACCGUCAUCACUCUGGUCUUGCCCGCCCAGCCCGACCUCGAGCAUCGACACCAGCAAGGCCGGCGACUCCCACGACGACGGCCACUCCACCGCCAGCGCAUCAGAGGACUCGGCCAUGUCGGCGCAAAAGGGCAGGCGCGCCAACAGAUACAAGAACUGCAGCGAGUCGGUGCUUUCGGUGAGCUCAUCCUCCGACCACGGCAUCAUCACGCGCAUGCCACUAAUACCCCUUGCCCAGAAGCGCCGUGCGCAAAACCGCGCCAACCAGCGCGCCUACCGCAAGCGCAAGGAGCAGCGGCUCGAGGAGCUGCAGCAGCAGCUCGACGACAUGAGCCAGAAGAACGACGCGCUCUGCUGCGCCUACAGGCUCCUGGUCAACGAGUGCAGCCGUCUCCGGGCGAACCAGAUGUCCGUGGGGCAGCCGGCGGCCGCCGCGUGGGACCUGAACGGGGCCGGUAACCUGGCCUUGGACAUGGCCGCGCUCAACACGUAUCGUGUCGCUCCCAUGUCGACGUCAAGUCCCGUCCCCGAGUCAUACCUCGACUUUCCCGGGAGUCCCGACAAACUGUGGAGCCCCUUUUCGUCGUGA